AUGACAGAAACAAUCUCUUGUUUAACCCUCUUGUACUUGUUGUUCUUACUUUUGUCAUCAAUAGUACUAACCCUAGCAAUAGAUUAUCCCCUCUCCACAGACUCACGAUGGAUCGUCAACGAGAGUGGCCACCGCGUGAAGCUAGCAUGCGCAAACUGGCCUUCGCACCUUAAGCCAGUGGUUGCCGAGGGACUGAGCAGCCAGCCAAUGGAUUCGAUAUCGAAGAAGAUACGAGAAAUGGGAUUCAAUUGUGUUAGGCUCACUUGGCCACUUGAGCUAAUGAUUAAUGACACUUUAGCCUUAAAUGUUACCGUUAAACAAUCAUUUGAGAGAUAUGGAUUGGAUCAUGAGCUUAAAGGGAUUUACACUCACAAUCCAUCUAUUAUCAAUAUUCCUCUUAUCAAUGUCUUUCAGAUGGUGGUGAAGAGUCUUGGGAAUAACGAUGUGAUGGUGAUACUUGACAACCACAAGACCGUACCGGGCUGGUGUUGCAGCAACGAUGACCCGGACGCAUUCUUUGGAGACCCAAAAUUUGAUCCGGAUCUAUGGAUCUUGGGUCUUAAGAAGAUGGCCACGAUCUUUAUGAACGUUAACAAUGUUGUCGGUAUGAGCCUAAGGAAUGAACUAAGAGGCUACAAUCAUACAUCAAAAGAUUGGUACAUGCAAAAAGGAGCAGAAGCAGUGCACGCAUCAAACCCUAAUGUUCUGGUCAUACUAUCCGGGCUUGCUUUCGACGCUGAUCUAACUUUCUUAAGAGAUCGUCCAGUAAAUCUCAGCUUUAAGAAAAAACUUGUUUUGGAACUUCACUGGUAUGCUUUUACCGACGGUGUUGGCCAGUGGAAAUCGCACAAUGUCAACGACUUUUGCAGCCAUAUUUUCGCCAAAGAACGUCGUACCGGCGGUUUCCUUCUCGAACAAGGCUUUCCUUUGUUCUUGAGCGAGUUUGGAACCGAUCAAAGAGGUGGCGAUUUGGAAGGAAACAGGUAUAUGAGUUGUAUGUUAGCAUGGGCGGCUGAGAAAGAUAUCGAUUGGGCGGUUUGGGCGGUUACGGGAGUGUAUUAUUUCCGUGAAGGCAAACGCGGUGUAGUUGAAGCUUAUGGUAUGCUAGAUGCGAAUUGGCACGAUGUUCAUAACUACACUUAUCUCCGGAGGCUCUCCGUCAUUCAACCACCGCACAAAGGACCUGGUAUAAAGCACAAUUAUCACAAGAAAAUAUUCCAUCCGUUAACCGGACUAUGCGUUGUGAGAAAGUCACCGAUCCAUGAGUCAGAGCUCACGUUAGGUCCAUGCACAAAGGACGAGCCGUGGAGCUAUUCUCGUGGAGGCACACUUGAGAUCCAAGGCGGUCAAAGAUCUUGCUUAGAAGGCGAAACAUCGGUAGGAAAAAGCGUGAAACUCGGAGAGAAAUGCACAAGGAUUAAGCAAAUAUCAGCCACAAAGAUGCAUUUGUCGUUUAAGAGUACCGAUGGAUCGUUGGUAUGCUUAGACGUGGAUUCGGAUAACAAUGUUGUUGCUAAUCGUUGCAAGUGUUUGACUGGAGAUAUUACUUGUGAACCAGCAAGCCAAUGGUUCAAAAUCUUUUGA